UCUUCCUCUCUUGCUUCUGCUUCUGGAUGUUUCUCCACAGCCCAGUAGGCCCAGAGCAAGCCUGGAGGGAGGCAGCCUGUGAUGGGAACCCGCCCAGAGGCCCCCCGCCUGUGCCGGGCCCCCUGGCUCCUGGGAUUCACCAGCCUCCUCCUCAGCACCUUCAGCACUGCGGUCAGGAGCUCUGGGGCCCACGGAUCUGGAGUGGAGGAUUCCAGAAACCUAGUUUCCCUGAAGGGGACUCAAGGAGGUUCUGUGGUGUUUCAUGUGACCAGACGUCCAGAAGUACCUCCUGAAGCCAAGCUGGAGAAGAUUUCUUGGGCCGUUAAAAACGAGUCAAACUACAUAGUCCUCCUGCACGUCUCUCCUGGGGUGGAUGUUCCAGAACGGGUCAACCCCCAGGACAAGUUCAAGGAGAGGCUCCAUGUGCUCAACACAAUGACCCUGAGGAUUGACAAGCUGACCCUCGAGGACAGUGGGUGGUACCGGGCUCGAUGCUCCUUCAGCACAGGGAUAGAAAAUGCCCAGUAUUUCCACCUCAGUGUCUACGAGCCCGUGCCCCGUCCCCAGGUCCUGGCCAAGGUUCUGUCCCUCACACGAGACUGGUGCAACGUCACCCUGGAGUGCCACACCCCGGGAGCCACAGGGGCCGUGAACGUGUCCUGGGAGAGCAAGGGCCUCCCCAGGGAGCUGGAGCAGAGAGAGGCCCCAGGACCAGCCCCCAACCCCUGGACCCUGGCUCUGAACCUGCCCCUGAGCCAGCCCAGCCCCAGGGUCACCUGUGUGGUCAGCAGCCCGGUGGACCAGAAAAGUGCCACCCAGGACCUCGGGGAAGUCUGUGUCCACGAGCGAGAAACACGUCCACACGGACAGGCCGGUGCUGCUCACCUGGGAGCCAUCCUGGGGGCUCUUGCGGUCGCGCUGCUGGUCCUCGGAGCUGGGCUGUACCUGCGGCGCUCACGUGGGAAGAGGAAGAGCUUGGAGACUGGGAGAGGCAGGUGCUCGUCUCCUUCCCCUGCCCACACCCCUCCCUCCCUCACUGACCCUCAGCUCCCUCCCCUGCAUUUUGCUCUCAGGGAAUGUCCCUGCAGGAGGCUGGUGGAAGGUUGCAGGAGAAGCACAGGGACCAUGGUGGUGGCAUCCAUGAAGCCAUGCAGGUGUCCAGGGACGACAGGAACAAGGGUCUGAGGAACCACACUGAGU